AAAAAGAACUGUACCCUCAUGGGUCCCAAUUUGGAGUCCGCACUUUAGAGUCUCAAUGCUGCAUCGUUCGCACAGCAGAGGAGAAUCGCAAUGGUUUGCAGAUGGCGGAAACGAGUUCAAUUCACAGAACCUACAGACAUGAUUGGCGCGGCUCUACAUCUCCACUGGAUCUUCUCGUCAAGGCGAAAGGCACCCCUACCAUCACCGGAGCGCUCGAUCAUUUUGGUAGUGAUGAUCCAUUCUGGUAUAUUACUGGCUACGCAUUGGGAAUUUAUCCAGUCCGGGAUUUACAUCAACCUAGACAGACGCCUACGGGGAGUCAAUGAUACUCCAGGUCAGAACCUGUUAACUCGACAGCUGCUAGAAGUCAUUCUAUUCGGUCGAACAGCAAAGACGGAGGUCUCUGAUGAUCUUUCGGAUGCAAGUAUGGGCGCCGAUACUAGUGAACUUCUUGCCGUAUACGAUCUGUUUGCGACUUGUAAAGGUCUUUUCCACCCCGCCCUCCCGGGAACAGCGCAGUAUUCUGUCCACCCUCCAGCUCUACACCUACCCCCCCAAAGGUCGUAA